CCACCCUUCAUUCUGCAGAAUCACAUUCAAAAUCCAAACUUUCGUCCUCCCAGAAACAUCCUAAAAUUUUCCGGGAAAUUUCCCAAAAAUUUUCUUCACUUUCCCCCCCUAGUUUUCCAUGGCAAUUGCCUGGAAAAGAAACCAACCAACAAAACUCCUCAAUCCCAAAGCCCUAAUUUUAUUCCUCUCGGCCUCUUUUAUCCUCCUCACCUUCCUCCACCUCUCCUCCCAAACCCAAGACCCUAAUCCUGAAGCUCGCAAAACCCUCAAAGAAAUAAUUUCUGACCGUUUGAUCAAACCCUUUGAUUGCUAUAAUUCACCUCAAGCCCACCCAGUAAUUGCCAGCAUUGUUGAAGGCCUCAAAUACCCAUUUCUUUAUUCUCUUUCCGAUUUCGGAAAUUUACCCGAAAAGCCCCACAAGAAUAUUGUUAGGGUCUUGAAGGGAAAACCCUUUAGAAAACCUGAUAUUUCUGUGACUGUUCAGGAGGUGUUGGAGAAGAUGAAGGGUGAUGGUAAAAUGGGAAUUUUUGUGGAUGUUGGGGCUAAUGUUGGAAUGGCAACAUUUGCCGCCGCGGUUAUGGGGUUUAGGGUUUUGGCAUUUGAGCCGGUUUUUGAGAAUUUGCAAAGAAUUUGUGAUGGAGUGUACUUAAAUAAGGUGGGGGAUUUGGUGGAGGUGUUUGAGGCUGUUGCGUCUGAUCGGAUAGGGAACAUUACGUUUCACAAGUUGGUUGGCCGGCUCGACAAUAGUGCAGUGUCAGCCAGUGGUGCAAAGAUGGCAUUUAAGUUCAAUGAAGAAAUUGCACUUCAAGUAAGGUCCAUUCCCCUUGAUGAAGUGAUCCCGGAGUCUGAAUCUGUGCUUUUGCUCAAAAUAGAUGUUCAGGGCUGGGAGUAUCAUGUAUUGAAGGGAGCCUCAAAGUUACUGUCAAGAAAGAAAGGUGACGCCCCGUACCUAAUCUAUGAGGAAGAUGAGCGGUUGUUACAAGCCAGCAAUAGCAGUGCAAAAGAGAUCAGGGAUUUCCUCCACACUAUGGGUUACCAUCAUUGCACACAGCAUGGUACCGAUGCACACUGCAUCAAGCAGGAUUGA